UCAGUAAGCUCCCGAGCAUUACUCCAGCUGGUAGGCUCCCUGAAAUUGGUUGAUUAACUCUGAGUUUGCGCGAAAUUCGACCUCAAACAGUAGAUCCGGCGUUGGUUUUAAGUAAUGGCAUAUCCCAGUCAUUCUGGAGAUCCCAACAGGCCGAAGAAUCGUCCCAGAAAUUUGUUCGAAGGCUUCACAAAUCGUUCGGGCCCACCCAGAAGAACUAAAAAUCAGCAUCUACCAAAUCGUGAAUCAAAGUCAGUUAUCGAUUCCGUCAGUGUCGUGGAUCAGUUCCGAUACCUUCAGACCCAGCACGAGUUACUGCUAGAUCAACACCGGAAGUUGAAGGCGGCAAACAAAAGGCUCGAAAGUGUUCAGGAGCAGCUACGGAUUGAAAACUCCAGCCUCAAGGACGCCUACGAAGAACUGCAGGAGAGUUACAACAAUCUGCUAGAAUCGCAGAACCAUUUCAACUUCGGAAAACUGCUGGUCAACCUGAAACUGAAACGGCGAGCUACGAAGGAGAAUCUGGUGACCAGGAAUAUUAUACAGAAUGAAGCAUGCUUCGACACGUUCCUGGAGCACGUAGUAAUGCACGAUAGGCCGAAAAUCCCCAAAAUUGUGCACGAGUGUAUUGCAGUGGUAGAAUCGAGCGAGAAGUUCCUGAAUACGGUUGGGCUCUAUCGGGUAUCGGGCAAUCACAACACCAUUCAAAAUUUGCGCUAUGACAUCAAUGCCGAUAACUACAAAAAACUGCGGAAGCAGAAAAGUCCGCACGAAGUUUGUGGGGUGUUGAAGCUGUUUCUGAGGGAGCUCAAGGAACCGUUGAUAUCGUUGCAACAGCUGGCGAGGGUGAUCCCAGGGCCGUCGGAUAUGACAGUUCAUAGCCGUACGUUGAAGGUGUUGGAGCUAGUCAAUUCGCUGGAUGAAGUACGGAGGAAUACGCUUUGCUGUCUGAUGAGGCACUUGAAAAAAGUCGCCUCACACGAGGAGAACGAAAUGGACACUCGCAGCCUCGGCAUCCUGCUCAGUUCCUGCGUGUUCAAUGAAACCCUAUCCGACGUGUGUCCGGAACGGUUCGAGGCGGUGAGUGCUGUUCCGCGGGAGUGUAUCGUGACCAUGAUCGAGAACUAUGAAGAGAUUUUCGAGAAAUAAACUAUGG